AUGUACUACGACAACAUCUUGUCGCUCGUGGCAAGUUGGACGGAGUUGCAUCAAGCGAAGCAGCAAAGGCUUCUGGUCCCUUUGAUGCCUGCUGGCUUUGUGUGGUUGCUUUCCUACAGUACUGGAGCAGAGCCUGGAUUUGAAAUCAGAAUCUCACAACGCCGUGCUGGCAGCAAUCUGUUGACAACAAAAGGUCAAAGUGUCACAGAGUAUGCGAAAGCCUCGUCGACGAGUGCCUUGUUGUCCCGCGCUAUUGCCCGAACCAAGGGGAGUCCACUUCCCUUGGUGUUGAAGGCGCCAGUCAAGGCCGAGGGCGAUGGUGUUUAUGCAGAUGGGAUCAAGAUCACGCAGCUCAACAAGUUCUGGAUGUACUACGACAACAUCCUGCUUCUGGUCCCUUUGAUGCCUGCUGGCUUUGUGUGGUUCAUGAAUCGUGUGCCCAAGUGA